AUGCCCGCCAGACUGGGCCGGGGCCUUCUCGCACGCGUACUCCCGUUGUUUCUCGCUGCUCUGUUCUGCAUGUUCUUAUUACACCUUCACUAUGCCCAGACUUGGAGACAAAAUGCGUGGCAGAUCACACGCCCGAAGUUCACUCCGGGUGUCGCGAAGCCGGCCUCGGAAGAGUACACGAAGACGGUCGUCAUGGCGAGGCUGAAAUCCGAAGACAUCUCCUGGGUGUACAACGAGCUGCAAAGCUUCAAUCACAGUAUCUAUACAGUCGAUGAUGACGAGGCGGAACUUCGAGUCCCGCAGAACAAGGGCAGAGAAGCCAUGGCGUAUCUAACCUAUAUCAUUGACCACUACGACAAUCUUCCGGACACUGUACUGUUCUUCCAUCCGCACAGGUCCACACGGCACAACAAUGUCCUCCUUGAUCUUGAUAGCGCCAGGACCAUCAACAGGCUGAAUCCCGGUCGAGUGGCACGGCAUGGGUACUUCAACGCACGAUGCCAUCACGACCCUGGCUGCCCGAACUGGCUGCACGUCAAUCGGCCCGAGCGCGAAUGGGACAUGGUCAAAAAGAAAGAGGAGCAGUACUUGACCAGCGAGGUAUGGCGGCAACUCCAUGAAAGCGACCCUAUUCCGGAGGCGCUCUCUCAACCCUGCUGCGCGCAAUUCGCAGUGUCCGGCGAGAGGAUCCGCACCCGCCCACUCACGGACUACCUGCGCUAUCGCCAGUGGCUGCUCGACACGGACAUGGCGGACGAGUUCUCGGGCCGCAUGCUCGAGUACAACUGGCAGUAUAUAUUCACGGGCGAGCCGGAGUUCUGCCCUCCGCAGCACGAAUGCUACUGUGAUGGGUAUGGAAUCUGUUUCGGGGGCACCACGGACGACAACCUGCAGGAUUGGCUCCAUCUGCUGAGGCAAAGGGAGCUCCUCGACGAACAGUUGAGGGACUUGAGACGCGAAGAUCCCGGUACCAGGGACCAACACCGCAUCGCUGCAGCCGAGAGUGAGAAAUCGGAGCUUGUCUUGAAGCUGGACAUGCUGAAAGCUGAAGCAUACCGGCGUGGAGAGGAUCCAAAGAAUCGGGCUCUGGAAUGUGGCAGGCCAUGGAAACCGGGUGAUGGCUUUUAG